AUGGUUAUUAUUAAUAUACAGCAGCAGCCGCCGCAGCCGCACGGAAUCCCGGCCAGGCUGGUGAAGCAGGGUACCAACUCGUUCGACGGCACGACCAUUCAUAUCCACACGCCCGAGUGUUCGAAUCACAUUCAUCAACCGGUGGCCAGGAACGGGAGCCCGGUGAACGGAGCCGACGGCGGCCCGAGCGGGGAAUGCGACUUCCAUUGCUGCGCCCUGCACGAGGAGGGUCGUAGGAUCGCGGUGCACAAAUCGGUGGCUACUUCGCCGAUUCAGGACGCGCAACAUCAACAGUAUCAGCAACAGCACCAUCAUCCGCAUCAGUCGCAGCAGCAGCAGCAACAACAGCAGCAGCAGCAACAGCAACAGCCGCAGCAACAGCAGCAGACUCAGACCUCGUCGCCUCAGCCGCCGUCCUCGUUGUCGGACGGGACGAAACGAGCGGGUCUGAGCAAGGGUCACGUGCGAUUCUGCGACACCGCGGACGAGGAGUCGAGCUCGCGAGUCGCCGGCAACUCGACCGCCGGUUUUCAUCUGCAUCAUCAUCACAAUCAUAAUCAGGAGCACGACAGCUCCGAGUCCGAGACCGAGAACACGAUCAUGGAGGACGAGAUCGUGACCUCGGAGAAAUUUUUACUGCUCAUCGAUCAGCUCACGGUAGAUCAGAAACACCUAAGCAUCAAGGACAUCGGCAUCAUCCUCGAACGGCUCAGCUCCAAGAUCCUCGACGUGGAACGGCUCGAUCGCGAGAGCGAGAGCGAGGAGUGUUACAACUGGACGAUCAAGGCGAUCAUCCGGGGAGACGUGUUGCGGGAGCUAGGGGUCAUCUACAACGGGAACUUCUACGCCAUCUCGGAGCAUCCCGGUUACAAGGAGGAGUCCGAAGAGAAUAACGAGGAUAACGAGGAGGAGGAGGAGGAUAGACUUUAAUACGAUGCUGUUUUACUAGAUAGAUAGUUAGAUAGAUAGAUAGAUAGACAGAUUAUAUACCUAUUAAUGGUUAUUAUUAAUAUAGUAUGUAUCGAGCUGCGCGGGGAGGGAGGGGGGCUUCGAGACGAUUC